CCGUCCUUCCCUUCGCCCUUCUUCCCUUCGACUUUCCCUCCCCGCCGCCGGCCCAGUCACCCAGGCCAGAGAGGCCGCAGGGCACGUUUUGGAGGACAAUUGGAGUAUAAGAAUAUCACAAGCAGUGCCUUAGGGUGUAUCUGCACUGUAGAAUGAAUGCAGUUUGGCACCACUUUAGUUGUGGAAUCAUGGAAGCUGCAGUCUGGCGAGGCACCAGCACUCCACAGCAGAGAAGGAAGAAGCAUCCAAGACGAUGGCAGCUUUGAACUGGAAGCCAUUUGUGUAUGGAGGCUUAGCUUCAGUCACUGCAGAAUGUGGUACUUUUCCAAUUGAUCUGACAAAAACGCGUCUCCAGGUACAAGGUCAAAAACAUGAUGUAAAGCAUAAAGAGAUUCGUUACCGUGGAAUGAUUCAUGCGCUAGUGAAGAUAUUCAGGGAAGAAGGACCAAAAGCGUUGUACUCUGGAAUUGCACCUGCUAUGCUUCGGCAGGCUUCAUAUGGAACUAUCAAAAUUGGUACUUACCACAGCCUAAAAAGAAUAUUUAUUGAGCACCCAGAAGAUGAAACCCUAGCUGUAAAUGUGUUAUGUGGAGUUUUGUCAGGUGUGGUGUCAUCAUGUAUUGCUAACCCUACAGAUGUCCUAAAGAUCAGAAUGCAGGCCCGAGGCAGUGUGAUGCAAGGGGGAAUGAUUGGCAACUUUAUGACCAUCUAUCAAAAUGAAGGUACCAGAGGAUUAUGGAAGGGAGUAUCUCUUACUGCACAAAGAGCUGCUGUUGUUGUUGGAGUGGAACUGCCAGUAUAUGAUCUUGCUAAGAAGCAUAUAAUUAUGUCUGGAUUCAUGGGAGAUACAAUCUAUACUCACUUUAUAGCAAGCUUUACCUGUGGCUUAGCUGGAGCUCUGGCAUCUAAUCCCAUUGAUGUUGUGAGAACAAGGAUGAUGAAUCAGAGCACCUUGCAAAAUGGAACCCAGUGUGGCUAUAAGAGUACUUUAGAUUGCUUGCUUCAAACAUGGAAAAAUGAAGGGUUUUUUGCACUGUAUAAAGGAUUCUGGCCGAACUGGUUGAGGCUUGGCCCUUGGAAUAUUAUUUUCUUUGUGACAUAUGAACAACUGAAGAACCUGGAACUCUGAAAUGCUGGAUAUUGAAGAAAUUCAGUCCUUGUGUCAAUGAAAUCACUUUUUAAAAUCUCUUUAGUUUUUUAUUCCAUUGUAGACUACAGUAUUGACAAAUAACAAGUAUUAGUGCAAGAAUGUAAUUAGUGGACAUCAGAAUAAUAAUUUCAAGGGUUCUUGAGAGUUAUCAUAAGGGCCUGAAGUGCUGUUAUGGAUAACAUGUUUCUUUGCUCCUUGAAAAGUUGACUCAAUACUGUAGAAAACAGUAGUUAAUGUAGUUCUGAGAACUUUUAUAUUAACACCAAGAAUAUACGGUGGUCUAAAACACACUUCACAAAGCAUCUUGUAGCAUAGGUUAUGCUCAAAACUUCAGUUGCAUGAGGUUGAAUGUCAAACAUCCUGUAGUUUUCUCUUGGAAGAAUGGCCUUUGUUAGAUGUGCAUGGAUCAAGUGCUUUAAAAAAAAGCUGCACAUGAACAUUCUGUCAGUGACUUCCGAGUUAAGCUACAUUUAUAGCUGCAAAUCAUCACAAUAUAUUACAUUCAAGGAGUGUGCAUGAACAACUUCAAGUUUGCUUCUGUUUCUCUGGAGGUGCCAAGAAAGGCGAAAAGUACAGGAGUGUUUUGAGAAGUACUGACUGCUUGGCCUGUGGAGAAGUUCCUAUCCUCGAGGUAUUUAGAUGCAGGAAGUGACUAGUCAUAUGCAGAACUUGAAACAGAACUGUGUUUGUUAUGAGGCUUGGGGAAGUUACACACAUUCCCAGCAUAUGUUCAUGUGGUCCUUGCAUUUAAAUAGGAUUUGUAUACACUCAUUCCUGUGUAAAAUGCUUUUUGUAUAGUAUUUUAACUAUUUGUGAGGCUUCAAGUAACAUGGUUUUGAGAGUUGGACUGUGGCUCUGAAGACCAGGGUUUGAACCCCUUUGCAGCAAUGGACACCCACUGGGUUAUCUGGGGAAGCCAUACUCAGCCUUGGAGGAAGGCAAAGGCAAUGCUCUCUGAUUAAAUCUUAGCAAGUAAAUCCUGUGAAAGGUUCACCUUAAGGUUGCUGUAAAUCAGAAAUAACAACCCAUAAUGAGAUCUCGGGGGUGGGGGGGGGUUUUAUUGUAGGUGAAUCGUUUGACUCUCCAUAAUCAGAAGUUGCCCGAGUAUCUCAGGAAAGGAGGUUCUUUGAUAAAACGGCAAUAAAAAGCAGGAUUCGCAUUCUAAGGGUAUAAGAAAGACAGCAGUAAAAAUGUAUUUACUAUCAUAUUUGAAAUAAUCAUGAAGUUAUUCCUUCUUGAAAUAGUAAAUUUACCUCAGUUAAUAUGUACACCAGGUCAACUCUACUUAAACAGUAGAGCUCAUAACAACUGUUUGUUUGUUACACUGCCAUUUCAGAGUGAGGAUGAAUGUAAGGGUGUCAAGACUUUUCUUGACAUUGUAUAGAAUUGUUGUACAGAAUUUGGAAGUGUGUUUAUGUGGGAACUGCAUACUGAAGUAAUUUGUAUUGUUUAAUUAUACAUUCCACUUAAAACAUCAAAUAAUUUUAUUUUGCAUUUAAAUUCUACGUCCAGUGUUUUUUAAGAUGCACAAGCCACUUUUUUGCAUUGUUAUUAAAAUUUUGACUCUUUAUCUUUUCUAAAGAUAGAAGUGAUGAGUCAUAGGAUAUUUUAUUACAUAGACACAAAUAUAUAAACAUUUGUAAAAUAUUUUGUACCAAACACGAAAGUACUACAUCUCAGGAGUUUUAUUUGAGAGGCAACCCUCCAAGAAGAAGGAUUGGUGAAGUGUGAUCUUCAAAUCAGUUACACAUUUUGGAACAAUUAUUCAGUUGAAUUUGUUGGACAAAAUUAAAUGUUUCCUUUUUAAAAAAUAAAUCAAAUUCACUAAGGGCUAGUUUUGUGGCAAUUCACUCUCAGCUCUCAGGGGCGAAAACAGCAUCAAAGGUGUUCAUUUUCCUCUUGAAGUGAAAUAGGUUUAUAAUGUAUUUUGUAUCUUGAUGUAGCAUUAUAGUACAGAAAGGCUUGAUACAGAGACUGUACUUUUUGAAAGCCAAAGCCACUUUCUAGCAUGCAGAUGUGUAGUGAUCUUUUCUCUGCACUUCUGUUUCUAAAUGUUAAUAUCCAGCAGCCUGGAAAUAAAUACUUGUUUCCUUUGGGCAUUCAAAAUAAACAUGGGAAGGGUUGUACAGUGUUACAUACAUUAGUCCUACCCUCGACAUCCCAAUGAAAGCGGUUUUAUACUCUUGUUCCUUUAUUUUUUUAUUACUGUACAUGUUUAUUGCUUAUUUAUUGCUGUUUAUUACUCUUUGUAAUUUGACUGUAAGAGCUCUUCAAAAAUGGAAUAAGCUGCCUUAGUAAAUGGAUAACUUUCCUUCUUAGGAGGUGUUUAAACGGAAGUUGGAUGACUGUCUUUCAAAAGUGCUUUAACUUUUGUCUGCAUGGCAGGGGAUUGAUUAAAUAUCUUUUGCAACAUCUUUCAAA